AUGACGGUAGAUGAGAUGAGUCGCGGGGGGUUGCGGCUCUCGCAGACGGUGUGCCAGAUGAACGAGGGCAGGGUGGGCCAGGCGCUUCAUGACAUGGCUCUAUGGUGGAUUCGAGGGGUGACUGGGGGAAUUCAGCAGGGUUUGGAGGAGGUGAGUGCGGCGAAGAUGAGCAAUGAAGGCGGCGCUAGAGCGCAGUGA